CGAUGAUGUGGACCUUGCACUUCAGGUGGUAAUCUAUACACUUUGCCGAGGGUUGCUUCAGAUACAACUUGACAGACCUUUCCUCGUUGGCCAGACAUCCAUAGCUGAAACUCCGGACAUUCGUGGACCUCGUCGACCCUUGGUUGCAAACCUCGACCUGAUUAGAUUCAAAAAUCAUUCGAGAAGGGCUGCGGAUCUGCGAAAGCCUGGAAAUAUAUAGUCGUCUCUCUUUGGUACGGAAACGCGCGCAUCAACUUGAAUACGAAUUGGACCGAUUGACAGGAAAGGAUGAGCUCUGUAACUCUGCCCGAGGACCUUUGGGCGUCUCAAUUAUCGGCCGUCCCGCCUAAAGAACUCUUGUCCCGCCUGACUUCGCACUCACAACGGUCAAACCAAUUCAACGAGACCCUUGCCGAUUACUUUCGAGCAAGGAGCGCCGCUGAAGCUGAUUAUGCGGCUGCUCUCAACAAGAUUGUCAGGAAGUUUGCGGAUUCGGGUGUAGGCAGGGAUGCUGGCGGUGAAGGUGGAGUCUGGGAAAGGGUGAUGAGCGAGGUUGUCGAGACUGCCUCUUCUCAAACGGCGCUGUCGGAUACUCUCUCUAGGGAAUUUGAAUCGCCUCUUCGAUCGAUGUCGUCGAGGAACUCUGCUUGGAGCCGAAUCUCUUCUAUCCAAGACAAGGCCGGCAAGACGGUCAAGUCGUAUGACUCUUCCCUAGAAAAGGUUCAAAAGGCUCAGAAGAAAGGCGGCUCGAAGCUUCAGAUGGCUCAGAACGACCUCCAGAACAACACGACGUCGCUAGCUGGGAUCCUGCCUACCUUGAUAGCGGCUCAUCAAAGCAUGACGUUGGACCGACUGACCGAGCUGAAGGAAAUCGGGGUCAAGUUUGAGACUGUUAUGGCCGAGAACGGCAACAGGCGGGUCGAAGGAAGCGAAAGAGGGAUGAACAGGCUGCUAGGGUGGGAGGUCGAAGAGGAAGUCCGAAGCAUGGCUAUCAAGUUUGGCGGUUCCGCCAACGCCGCACCCGCUCCCUCGGGAGGCUCUGUCAGGGAGAUGGGUGGCUUCGGAGGCAUAGCAGGCACGCCAGCAAGAUCUUCGACUAUGCGUCGACCUACCCUUGACUCCAAUCAUAGCUCGACUCCCAACCGCAACUCUUCCUCUUCCAGGCCGACUAUCGAGACCAACUUACCAAAACCCGAACAAUCCUCGUUGACCUCGACCUUGAAGUCCAAGUUCUCUAGGAAAUCCUCCUUAUUGGGCAAUGUCGGACUUGGUGGCGGUUCGUCGACCUACAACGGGAACGGCGGACGAGGACGUGCUGGGAGUGACGCUACCGUCAGGACGAACGCUACUGGAGCCAACGCUGGAAGGGGCGGGCUCGCACCUGGGAUGAACGGGUACGAGAUGAACGAUCGAAACAGCUAUGAGACUGGCAGGGGUGGGGCGCCGAUUGCUAGCCCCGAUGGCGAGACUCCUCGAGUUGAUGCGGACGGGUUCACCUUGCCUCCCGAGAACCGUGGUCAGGCGCCGUGGGAGAGGCCCAGUGGAGCCCCUAGGAAUCUUCUGGAUGACGAAGAUGACGAGACGGACGGAGUCUCUCCUCUCCCUACACCAGGUGCCAAUGGUACUUAUUCUGCUCCCAAGCUCAACAUGGCCUUGGCCCCGCUCCCUAUCGAGGAAGACGAGAGCGAACGCCAGGCAGCAUUGCAAAAGAUGCAGAGCACCCUGCUUGCUAAACCUCCAUCUGGGCCUGGCAGGAAGAAUACCAUUCGGGGCAGGCGCGACGUCCGUAACACCACUUUCAAUACCCUUCCCGACGACAUGCCGCUUGCACAGGCUUUGAAGCUGCAAGGGCAACAGGAGGAUGCCGCAGAACAACGCAGAAUGACCGAGUCGCCGGUACAGGAAGUUCUCGCGACGCCCACCGGCAGCUCUUUCCCGAGCGGAAAGACUGGCAUGUCUACCGGGACGGGAACCUUUGCUGGUCUCAACCCCCUUACCACGCAGUUCACCGGAAGGCCUAACAGCACGAACGUAUCUAGCCCCUCUAGUGUGGUAGGAAACAUGAACCCCUUUGACCAAAAUGGUCCUGCGAUUGCUGGUCCCGGUCUACGCGCCACCAUGACGGAGACCGUCAAUGCCAUCUCAAAGGGAGGACUCGUUCAAAAGGCCAUGGUCACGGGAGAGAUCUGCGUGACCAUGAGGGACCUCCCGCAAUAUAUCCCUGCUAAUGGAGUCGGGCCCGUUCAUAUCCGUCUGGACGAGUUCGAGGAGCUGGAAAAGGUCGCUCCCAACCCGAAGUAUCUUAGUCAGGUUCCGGAGAAACCCGGCGAGUACUACCUAAACGUCGAGCUACUUGCCAGUGCGACCAUUUCCCAGUCGAGCAGGCCGGUACUGUUCAAAUACCAGCUGCAUGUCGGCGAAGGACGAGCAGGAGAGUUCGCUCCGAUCGAGGUUCACCCGCAGUGGAAGACGGCCGCUGGAGAGACUCGUCUCUUGAUCAAUUACAAAAGCAACGAUCAAGGACGCUUGGCUAGGAGUCUCGCUGCCGCUUCAUCCACAUCGCCGUUUGGCGAAGGCACCCCCGGCAAGUUGUCAGAAGUCUCUGUAGUCGCCGGUCUAGGUGGACCAGAAGUUACCGGUGUCCAAGCAAAACCUCCAGGUGGUACCUGGUCCGCCGAAAAGCGUAAGAUGGUCUGGAACGUGACAGACGUCGAUCUCGACUCGAAGUCUGCCGCGUCUGCUGGCAAGAUCGUAGCCCGUUUCGUCAGCGCUCCCGAUGGCCCCGUUGGUCAACCGCAGGGAGUCAGUCUUCAGUGGAAGUGUCAGGGUGGACUUACCAGUGGUCUCAACCUGUCCAUUGUCACGCCCGAGGGUACAUCAGAAGGAUGGCGUUUCGAGGAGGUCGGAAAGGCCGUCGUCAGUGGAAAGUACACUGCUGAAUAGGUCAGCCUAAGACAGGCAGUUUGUAGUUCAUGAGAAAGUUGUAUACUGUUUGAAAAGAUAAACAUCGAUUCAUAAUCCGUA